CAGCAGCAAUUGCCAGUUUCACGGAGCUACCUCUGAAGUCUCGGGCUUGCUUGCUUCAAGGUACUGCUGUCUACCUACAUUUGGACCGAUAUCGCGGAAGGCGCCGCAGGAAGGUCCAGGCCCUCAACCAUGACCCGAGACAUAGUGCUCGGAGAUGAACUUCCUGAUUGGGUGGGAGCAAAGGAGUUCUAUCAGAAAUAUGAUCCAAAAGAAGUGAUUGGCAGAGGUGUGAGCAGUGUGGUACGCAGAUGUAUACACAAGCAAACAGGGCAGGAAUUGGCAGUGAAGAUAAUUGAGAUCACAGCAGAGAAGAUGACUGCUCAACAACUGGAGGAAGUGAAGAGCUCCACACUAAAGGAGAUCCACAUCCUCAAAGUUGUGAGUGGACAUCCCUCCAUCAUAACCCUCAUUGAUUCAUAUGAGUCAGCAACAUUCAUAUUUCUGGUGUUUGAUCUCAUGAGAAGAGGAGAACUAUUUGACUACUUAACAGAGAAGGUCACUCUUAGUGAAAAGGAAGCAAGGAAUAUAAUGCGUGCCCUCCUCGAGGCUGUCCAGUACCUCCACUCCGUCAACAUUGUCCACCGAGACCUGAAGCCUGAAAACAUUCUUUUAGAUGACCAGGGACACAUAAAGCUGUCUGACUUUGGCUUUUCAGUCCAACUGCAGCCUAAAGAGAAAUUAAGAGAGUUGUGUGGGACUCCCGGUUAUCUAGCUCCUGAAAUCCUGAAAUGUUCCAUGGAUGAGACUCACCCAGGAUACGGUCAAGAGGUUGACCUGUGGGCAUGUGGGGUGAUCCUGUUUACCCUUUUGGCAGGGUCCCCACCCUUUUGGCACCGUAAGCAGAUGCUGAUGCUGAGGAUGAUCAUGGAGGGACGUUACCAGUUCAGCUCUCCUGAGUGGGAUGAUAGGUCUGACACCGUCAAGGACCUGAUCUCCAGGUUGCUGGUGGUGGAGCCGUCUGUUCGUCUCACUGCAGAGCAGUCCCUGGCUCAUCCUUUCUUUCGCCAAUACCAAAGAGAGGAAAUGCGCCACUUUAGCCCCCGCAAGACAUUCAGGGUACUGAUCUUGACAGUGUUGGCCUGUAUUCGAGUUUACAGUCGCUAUCGCCGUGUCAGACCACUAACACGGCAGCUCCUGACCAGGGAUCCCUACUCUCUGCGAGGAGUACGCAAGCUUAUCGAUGGUUGUGCCUUCCGGAUUUAUGGCCACUGGGUGAAAAAGGGGGAGCAGCAGAAUCGAGCUGCCCUCUUCCAAAAUUCCCCCAAAAUCAUUCUCCUUGGCCUUGAAGAGGUUGUCACUUAAGUGCUGUGUUACUGCUUUAUAGAUAUUUUAUUCAAAAGUUGAUAUAAACUGUUAUUUUUAUCUUGUAAUUUUAACUUUGUUGUUGUGGAUUUGUGUUAACUGCCUGCUUUCUGUUUGCGUGUGAAAAUUGUGUUUGAAUGUGUAAGAGUACCACCGACCCUCAGCUCUGUGCUCAAGCUCCGCAUCACAUCACUAAGCCAACUCUAUUGCAGGUUUCAGCAUAGAUCCACUUCAGUCCUUUAAUGCAGCAUAUAUUUAUCAUCAAUUACUAUACAAAAAUGAACAAAUAAAGAAGAUUCAAGUGUGGUAUUUUAUUUAAUUAUAGGUCCCACUGACUGAUAAAUAUAAUUUAUUCUGCAAAAGCCAUUCUUGCAGCUUUUAGGAAGGAAUUUAUCCUGAAUCAAUUCAGUGAAUAUCCAGUUGCCUGAUUGAAUUAUAUAUACAAAAUUUUAUACAUGAAAGUUGUCUUGGGUAAGUAAAUAAAUAUGAAUGGGGAUUAAUAUUCAUUCUCAUAGUUGGGAUCUUUGGGUUUUUAAUCAUAAUGUAUGAACUUCAUUAUGAUAUUAUUGCAAAGUAUUCCUCAAUGAAAGCGCUCGUGUUCAUCAUUUGUAUAUAUUCAAACUGUCUAGCUGACUAGCUACCCAGGUGUUUGCUCACUGUGUGAAUAACCAGAGUGGGAAUUAUGUUGCUUCUGCAUUUUUCUAAAAUUGUAGUAAGUAGCUGGGCACGACGCAUGAUGAAGCUUUAUUGUAAUCCAAUGCCUGAUGCUUUCAUUUCUUUUCAUCAGCAGUUGGAACGUAAAGUGGUAAAUAUCAUGAGUUUUCGUAUGUUUCAUAUACAGUUCCCACCCAGGCACUUUCUGGGAUCCCUUUCUCAUCUGUAACCCUCUGCUUUUCUCUUGUCUGAAUAAAGUGAAAAAUACAUAAGGA